AAAAAUGUAAACAAACACGUGUGUUCCUUCAGAAAUAACAGAAAUGAUGCAAUAUUGAGAAAUCUACUAGACAUUUUACGAUACUAUGAUUUUUAUUAUGCAAAACAACUUAUGAUUACAACAUUUCAGACAUUUGUGAAAUUGUUAUCAAUCAGCAGGCUACACAUUUCUACCAUGAACAAGAUUGUUAAAGUUUCUGAAAAUGAACUGCAAGAACUUGUUUCUGUAGCAGUUAACAGUCUUAAAGGUGGGAACAUUAUAGCUGUUCCUACAGAUACAAUAUAUGGUGUAGCAGGCCUUGUACAGAAUUCUGAAGCUGUUGAUAGACUGUAUAGUAUAAAGAACAGAGACUACAACAAACCUGUAGCAAUAAGUGUAGCUGACAUAUCUGAUGUGUAUAGAUGGGGACAAGUCACAGUACCUCAAGCUUUACUGUCCAAGUUAUUACCAGGACCAGUUACAGUUGUGCUCAACAGGACAUCAGACCUUAACCCUGAACUAAAUCCCAAAACAUCUCUUGUUGGUAUUAGGAUACCAGACCAUGAAUUCAUCAGGGAAGUUGCCAGAAGCUGUCAGGAACCUCUGGCUCUUACUAGUGCUAAUAUCAGUUCAGCACAAAGUACUUUGAGGGUGGAGGAAUUUGAGAAUUUGUGGCCUAAACUAGAUAAAGUAUUUGAUGAUGGUAUGCUUGGUGAUACAUUCCACUCCAGACAGGGUUCAACAGUGGUAGAUUUAUCUAAGAAAGGAGUAUACAAAAUAAUAAGGGAUGGCAGUUCCCUCAAAAGUACAGUACAGUUACUGAGUAGUUAUGGAUUAACAGAAGAUAAUACUUCAUGACAAAGACAAUAUUUUAGAUUUUGAAAAAAACUAAUCCUAAUUUAUAGAAGUAUAUUGGGCACAGCUCUGCAAUGUAUUUUAUGGCUUGCAGAUGCAAUUUCUAGUAUGAAUGUGAGCACUGUUUUAUGUGGUGGAUUAUAACUCAAUCAAAUGUACAUGUAUGUGUAGAAGGCCUAAAAACUGACUUGCAAACUAUGAAACACAAUACUGUAAUACUUAUUGUGUAUUUUUGAAAAGCACAUGUAUACUGAUAUAUCAAGAACUUUACUUGAAAACAGAUCUUCAAAAUAUUGUCCCAUGUAUCUACCUUUUAUACAUUUUAUGAAUGGUAUUUUUGUGUACUUAUACAAGCACUGAAAAAUUUUAAAAUGCAAUUAUAAAAAUAUUAGAUUUUA